GUCUUUUUUUCUUCGUGUUGGCCGUCAGCAGGCCACCCUUUUGACCCCUUCACCACCCCCUUUCCCCCAGGGCACGACUGAAAACAGACGCAUAGCGGGAGAGUCCAUCGCUGCCACCAAGGGAAUACACACUCGUUUCUGUUCCAAUUCCCAGCUCCCUACUGUCUGGUGUCCUUGUCGCUCGUUUGCCUGUCUACCACCAGCCACGAAACGUCCGCAGAGCCAAGCGAACUAGCGUCAAGUAGCGGCAGAGCUCUCUCUGGUCCUGCACACUCGUACCCGACACGCCUUUUCCUGCCGGAUCGACGGGGGAUCCUGCAAGUGGCUCGACUAAAACGCCGCCCUCAGCCAAAACACAGGACAGCCAGCCGCCUGCGCACCACCGACCAGAGCUCCAGCGACGGUUGUUUUGGCUCUGCGUAUAUUCCACGUUGGCCUUGUCGGGGCAUUGUUUUGUUUUCUUUUCUGUGCCGUCUGUUCCUGCUCCUACUCCAUCGCCCACGAGCGCCACGUCCAGCCGUCCGUCGUUCGAUCCAACACAGCCGACCGACUACAGUCCCACGUUUUUAUAGCCUCGGCGCCAUUGUGACGAAGCCAGACAAGGACCCGAAUCACUACGCACAGUUGGAAAGAGCUGGGGAAAACGACUAGAGCUUGGGAAUACAUCAACCGGACACUAUCAACAAUCACCUCCGCCCACAGCGACGACGCGAUUGAAUCCGCUUCUCCGGCCAAUUGCCCCCUCCCGCUAGAGGCUACCGUACGCUCGCUGUCGGCUCACGCCGCUCCUAAUAUCCCGGCGACGCGAACGCCGCGCUGCCAUUUCAGUCCCUGAGCGUCUCUCAAAUCGCCCCCUGGGGCCACCUCACACACUUCCGUCACAAUGGAGACGACAUUGAUCCCGUUCGCAACGCUGCCUGCCUGCGCGCAGCAGUGCGGCCCCCUAUUUGACGCAAACGGCGCCUGCGUGCCCCCAGCCGCGCCGACGGCGGCCCCCGCGGGCUACGCCGCAUGCUUUUGUAGCAACGCCAAGGUCUCGCCCUUCAGCGCCGCUGCCCAGGGCGUGUGCGGGCCGGGCGUCUGCGCCGACAACCCCGCAAACCUCGAGAGCAUCCGCAACUGGUUCACAAACUUCUGCAAGGACCCCAAGACGCUCGGCACCGGCACCGGCACCUCAAACUCCAAUCCCACAGGCACAGGAAGGCUCACGACGCCUCAAGGAGGUGGUGGUGAUUGGAUGUCAAACCACUGGCAGUGGGUCGUGUUCCUGGUCAUUAUGGUGGUGGGUAUCGCAGGCAUCUGGAUCGGCGCCUGCAUCUGGCGGCGCCGCUACCUACGCAAGAAGGACCGCCAGUACGCGCUCGGCAAGCGCCUAGGCGAGGCCGGCGUCGGUGGCAACGGCGGCGGCGCCACCACGCCCGGACCUAACGGGUCCACCCGCUCCGUCCACCUACCAGCCGCCGGCAUGUUCAUGCCCGCACCCAUCAGCGAGGCCGGCGUCUACGGGCCCGAGAGGGGGAACGAGAAGAAGGCAAAAACUAAGUGGAACCCGACAGAAAGGACAUGAAGGAGGGCUCUCCCUCGAAGCCGGAUUCAACUCUCAGCCUUGUCCGACUCGACUGCGACAGCAGAAAAUAUCUCUUUUAACGAUUAUCAUUUUCUUGGAGUUUGCUUCUGGGAAAGGGAUACUUCCUUUUCUGCUUUUUCUAUAUAUGCCUCAACGGCGUGGAUCGAUGGACGUUCCAUCUUGCACUCCACAUCUUCUGUCACCUCUCACACCGUCUCUGUUUUAUCCUGUGCUUGGCGCUUGUAGGUGGGACAUGAUUCUUCGGCUUUAAUAGCUUGUGUUGUUUUUUGUUUUAUUUAGAAUGGUUUGGGAGGGCAACGUAAUUGUUUUGUUACUCAGUAUCGAUAUUCACAGACCCAGAGCAGACUGGGAGUGCGAAUGCCACCCGACCUAAUGUUCUUAGUGGCCGUUAUGCUCGAGACAUCUUCGUCUGGCGGCGGGAAAAAACUCGAUUCACCCACAGACGAUUCACCCACAGACUAUCAUGGUGAUUCCCUCUUCCUCUAUGGCAAUGGCGGUUAGACGGAGAGGAUACGACGUCGGGGCCCAUUGAUAGAGAGCUACAUACCGGCAGCUCUUGGACACCAAAUCUACCUCUUUAAUGACCUGGACCAUCUGGAAAGGAAACGCUCGGGGCAAAAGUAGGGCAAACAUGAAGUCGGCGAACUCGCCCGCCGCCUUUUGGGCGAGUCAUUGACUGCCAUUGAUACGCCCCGUGCAAUAAACCUGUUGCAAACCGGAUCGACGGGCUGCCCCACAUCGGUGCUGGCCGGGCAGAGCUUGCGGCGUCGCGUUCGACGCACCAAGACUGCUCCCUGUCCGCCGGCCCGAACAUUGGAUGGUGGGCGGGUGGUUUGAAAACGUCGAGGUAACGCUGUCUCAGUGCCAACACCUUGGGGCCCUUCGGUGACAAGUAACAGCGACGAAUUCGAGGCAGCAAACUUUCAAUGGAUCUGAAUUACUUGAUUCUAGGUAGGGUAUGCCAAAGUCGUUAUAGCUAUAUAGUCGUGUGCGCAAAGGGAUAUCGACAGUGCCUCUUCGAUCCCGUCCGUUUCUGUUUCUUGGUUUUGCCGUUUGUGUAUGUAGGUUGUCCCUCCCUGAUGCCUGGAAUCUCCAAAAACCUUCCAUCUAACUUUUCC